GAGGAGGCGGCGGUGGAGGCCUCGGCCUCCAUUUUUGUCUGUUGGCGGUGUAGGUGGUUGGUGUCCGGUGUUACUGCGUGGCGGGCUCGUUUUAGACCGCGGCCCUGAGAGCUGCAGGGAAGGAAGGAGGUUUCUGCCCUCUCAAAGCGAGGGAAGCUGAGGGGAAGGCCGCAUCUCUCGGUGUUCCUGCACUGUUGUGACAGCUCUGUGAGGUGUUGGAGCUUUGCCUUGGGUCUUGAGUGGGGUAAAGUAACCAUGGCCUUCGCCAGUGUUAGGUAUUGCUGUUCCCCAGGUUUCCUUUGGCUGUUUUGUUUUUGGUUUUUUUCUCAAGCAAAAUGGUUUUGGUUUUUUUUUCUUCUUCCUGGUGAUGUUCAGCUCGUUUUGUAAUGUAUCUGUUCAAAUAUGAAACAAGUGUGCUUUACCGAUCCAAAUUAUAUUUAAAGAAAUUUGGGAUUAGGGCGUGCUGCUUUCCUACCAUAACCUAGAUGAAGACUUAAUCACCUCAUCAUAGUUACCCUUUCAGGCAGCUUGUGAAGAGGCCUGGCCACUUGAGUGGCCUUCAGUAGUUUAUUAGGGCUGUGUGUAACUUGCAAUUAUCAAGUUAAGAGCUUGUUUUGUCCACUGUGGUAUUUUAAAUACUGUUAGCUGGCAUGCUACUGUUAUAAAAGCUCUACCUGCCUUUUUUUUUUUUUCUUUUUAACAGGUGUAGAUAUGUAGCAAGGUGAUUAAUGCUGUAGACUAAAUGAUGAUUUUUGUUUUAAGGCUGCAGAUAAUGGCUAGAGUAGCCUGAUGGGUGCAGCCAGUCAACUCAAUGCCUCGAAUUCCUCCCUCCAGAACAAUGCGGUACCAGGAUGCUUCACUCAUGAUAUUCAGUGUGCGUGCCUGCGCUCACAGAGUGGGCAGGUGCCUUGGUAACCAGACACAUUUGGAGGAGAAAAGAUGAAGAACAUGCUUGGCUCAUUGAUCACUGAUGAACUGAUGUCAUCCCAAUGUCCACAUGUGACAGAAAAAGUAAUUUUCUGCCUUGACUUCAGGUAAGACUGUUCAGAGAUUGCCAUGAAGCCUCUGUGUUGUGCUUUCUUCCACCUAUGCCAUGAUCAAGUAACAAGGAAGGGCUCUAUCUCUGAGGAUCAUGGGCCGCCUGGAAUGAAUACGUCUUCACACCACCUACGCAUGGGUCAGGUAAUCAUAUGACACUUGAUACUUUACCCAUGGAAGUUGUAACCCCCUAGCUAGGCUUCUGACUGCAUUUCUCUUGCACGUCUGGACUAACUCAAUGGAAGUGUUCUAUAUGGAAUGGCAAUGCAGCUUCCAGUUGAAGUAUUGAGAAGCAGUUACGUUAUGUGCGUCAUUAGCGACUGUAUUCAUUGUGUUUCGUAACAAAUUAUGCUGAGACAUUGACUGAAUCCAAAUUAUGAGAAGCUGAGGCUUAUCUCUAGCCUAUGUUUCAUUCAAAAGAAGCUGGCUUUCCCAGAAAGGCAGUCAUCCUGUAACUUGGCUAUGGACUUGAUAUAAGGUGGAAGGAAGAGCUCCAGCCAUGUAAGAUGUAUUCUCAUCAGUGUGUUACUAAGCUGGUGAUCCGUGAGCUGUAGAGGGGUCAAAUGAAGGUCAUUAAGGUGGAGGAAAAGAGUCCCUAGAUGUUAGAAACUUCAUUGCAGCAAAGCAGUAUGUGCCACAGGUAUCUUGUUGUGAUGUUCUGUCUUCUUUAUUUGCCUUCUGGAACAAAUCUGUGUGUAAGGCUAUGUGGGCAUAUGUAUCUUCUAGUAAGUUUGGAACUGAGAACACUUAAAAUUGAAAAAAGGGUUCCCAAGAAAAGAUUGAGAAAUGCUACUUUAGAUUAGAGUUUGUGCUUGUGUUAAUUGACUUGCCAGUUAACUUGCUGUAACUAGCACAAGUAGAAAUGCUUAUCUAGACAACCUGCAAAUAUUUAUAUCACAAAUGUUUAUGACCUGGAAGAAUUUUUCCAGGACAGAAACGUGUGUGUGGCUAGGUGGCCGCAAUUAGAAUUAACAUCUAAGGAGGUAAAGAAGAAUGACAAACUUGAACGUAGCUGUUGUUAUGGGGGCAAGUUCUUGUCUGGCCAAAUGACCAAUGUCAAGGGAGUCCAGAGGCACAUGCCACUGAGUCUACAUCAAUUUAUGUCAGCUCUGCAUCUGGCCUAGGACUGAACAUUGUCUCUUUAGAAUAUGCAAAUUUUCUGCAUUGGUCCUGCCCAUAAUUUCUGAUUUGUUUUUAAUUAUACCAAAGAAGGAAAUAAACUCUGCGUCCUUGCAAAAUUUUCAUGGCUUUUCUGAUUUGGGGUGUUGCAGGGUGUAGUUAAUGCUCUGAAAAAGCUUCAGGAUUCCUGGAUGAAAGGUGUGAUGAAAGAAGUGUAUUGUUAUUGUUUUAGGGGAGGAAUCAUGCUACUGGGUAAGCCUCUGUCACUGAGACUUGCCGGACUUGUUUGUUCUGACUUGCCUAUGACUCCUUUCUUUCCUAAUUCGGGAGAUAAAGCCACAAGUCUAUGCUGAGAUGCUGCACACUGCAUUGUGGCAUUCGGGACAGUGCAUCUCCCAGACAGAAGAGCUUCUUGCUGACCUCUCAGUGGUAGCCAGAGAUAGUGAUCCAGAUGGAGAGAGCAAUGAAGCGUAUAGAACCAUGGAAGAUAGCAGUCAUCGUUGUGUCGGUGAUAGUAGGCUUAGCCUUCAUCAUUGGCUUGAUUACGUUUUUUUUGUGCCAUGAUCAGGAUCGAUAUUACAAUGCAUCUUUCCUAAUCACCAAUGUCAAGUACGACCCUCAAUACAAAAGGCAAACCACAGAAGAGUUUAGGCACCUGAGCCAAGAGAUUGAAACCAUGAUAUCUGCAGUGUUCAAGGGGUCCUUUCUAAGAAAAAGAUACCUCAGGUCCCACGUUGUCAGUCUAAGCCCAGAUCCUGGUGGAGUGCUUGCAUCUGUUGUUCUGGUAUUUAAAUUUGCCUCAGCUGACAGUAAGGCAAUGAGCUGGGGUCACGUCAACAGUGUGUUACGCAGAAGGCUGAAAACAAGCUCCACAUUCUUGAAUGUUGACCAGUCUACCCUUAGACUCACAGAGUUGAAUAAGGAAAAAGGAGAUAACCUUUUAAACAACUGCUGUGGAAUACGAAGACAGACAUUCUCCUUCACAGGAGUGGAGAGAAUAAUUGGCGGGCAGCGUGCACAGGAUGGGGAAUGGCCAUGGCAGGCUAGUAUUCAGCUUGAUGGGACCCAUCGCUGUGGUGCAUCGGUGAUCAGUAAUACGUGGCUAGUGACUGCAGCCCACUGCUUUAGAGGAGAAAGAAAUCCUCGGAGGUGGACUGCCAGCUUUGGAAUUCUGCUAAGACCUCCAAAACAGAAAAAAUUAGUCCGAAGAAUUAUCAUUCAUGAAAAUUACGAUUCCUUUGUCCUUAAUCAUGAGUAUGAUGUGGCUGUUGUGGAACUUGCCUCUGCUAUUGAGUUCACAAGUGAUGUGCACAGUGUCUGUCUUCCUGAAGCAUCUCAUAUUUUCCCAGAGAACACUUCCUGUUUUGUCACAGGUUGGGGAGCUUUGGAGAAUGAUGGAUACAGUGUUAAUCAGCUUCGACAAGCAGAAGUGAAAAUUAUAAGUACUGCGACUUGUAAUAGAAGACAAGUGUACGGUGGAGCGAUAACACCUGGAAUGUUGUGUGCUGGAUACUUGGAGGGGCAGGUGGAUGCCUGCCAGGGUGACUCUGGUGGGCCACUGGUGCAUGCAGACUCCAGAGGAAUCUGGUAUCUUGUGGGAAUAGUGAGCUGGGGAGAUGAAUGUGGCAAGGCAAAUAAACCAGGAGUGUACACGCGAGUGACUUACUAUCGAAACUGGAUCAACGCCAAAACGGGCAUCUGACACCUGCAGCGGGUUAAGUUUUGUGGGCUGUAUGCGGCUAUUCCUCUGAUGCACUCUGCUCUGUGGUUACCCUCUAAACAGCUGCUGGCUUAGCUUGUGGUCAUGUAUCAACUGCUAGCAAGCUUGGAGUGGUCUAGGACUUGAAAUUGGUUUAGCCUACAGCCAGACAGGAACAGACUUGAUCCACGUGACAGCUCUUUGCUCAGGAAGUACUCUGUCAAAGGACAACUGCCUUCUUCUAUAUGCAAUCUACUGACCCUUUUUUCUCCGUGGCCAAAUGUCUUGGCCCCUACUUUUAUACCCAGGCAAAGUGUUUGAGCCCAAACAAUCAUAUUUACCAGCAUCUAAGACAAGUUAUAACUAAAAAGUGGCCCGCCCAUUUGCUGUGUGCUCCCGAGGCCCCAUCUAUCUGUAGACCAGCUACAAUCCAGCCCCGCCCUCCAACACUGCUACGCUUCUGAAUUCUUCUUGAGCUUUUUCCCGCUUUGUUCCAGGGAGCGUACUCUAAUGAAGAAAGGAAGAUGGCUUAGAGAAGUCCUGGUUCCUAAUAUCACGUCAGACUGUUACUUAGGCGAAUAGAGAAUUUUUCCUUCCUGCGUUGUCCUGAAAAAGGAAUCAGUGGAAAACACCAGCUUCUGUCCACCUUCUUUGAACAAGUGUAUGUAUGCCCACUCAUCGCUUCAUAUGAAGAGACCCUGCCACAGCAUUUGCUGUGAGAGUGAUUGCUGGACUUAAGACUAAAAACCACUUUAUGUUCAUACCAGUCUGUUGUCAUAUCAGAGUAUUUGGCUGAAUUGAUUUCCUUUUUUAACUUUCCAGAUCUCAUUGUUCUGAAUAAAAGUCCUUGGCUUUUUGAGCAGGAUGGAGGAUUGUAACAAUCUCAGUAUGACCAUUGCAAAAAAAACCCCAAAGCCUCUAAAACUGCUUAUUCUUGCGAAUGCUGUUCUCAAGUCUUUAUAAUUUAAUAUGUGCAUCUUCUGCAAGAUUUUGUGUUAUGGUGGAAAUACCUGUCUCCUUCAGAUCAGGGCAGAACUUCUGACUGACCCAGUGACGUUAUGUAAAGAUCUCUCUCUUCUGUCAGGAAGUAAGAAUUGCCUCUGCCUCAUUGCCAGACCAUAGCUAACUCAUUUGAUCUCGAUCACGCAAACUUCAUUAUUCUCUUUGACUUCAUCUGUUCAGGAGCCUAUUCUUCCAUCUGCCAGGUAGAUCUCAAACAUUUUCUAAACCCCAGCAGCAGAACACGCCUAUUACGGGUGAGGAUGCUUUCCUUGGUGUGUCUGCAGACUCUUUCCAACACUGUGUGUGGAUGCUGAUCCUGACAACAGCAAGUGCUGUGGUCUUAGUUGCCUAGAUAAUGAGCCACUCAAUUGCUCUCUUUUCCCUCUAUGGUCAGAAGAGAAAGAACUCAGCAAAGGAGAUACCAGCCACACUGCCAAGACUCAGAGCUGGUCCAGCAUGGCAAGCAAGCAAGAAUCUUAAUGCCAGGAUAGAAAAGGCAAACAGCAGGCUUUCGGCAUGCUCAUAGUUAGAAGAUUUUGGGGAAGCAGGCCCUCAGCGAUCACAGUCUUAGGAUCAAAGUGUUGUCCAAAUUGAGUACAAGUCAGUUGACGUAGUCAAUGGCAGUUCAGGGGAUCCCCUCUGGACUAUGCAGUUUACUGCAAAUGCUGCUGAACAGAGCAGCAAUCCAUCGAAUUAACAGAAGUAUUUUGAUUAUGCACCCUGUGAUCUGGCUGCUUGCCAGUAUAGAGAACCAUGCUUUUCUAGAGCCUUACUGGAGGUAAUAGAAUAUUUUGAUGCCCAGAGAAGGUCUGUGUGAAAGACAAAGGGUCUGCAGCUGUUGUGUGUUCUACACUUGUGUAUAUCAGGAAACCUAGCACUUAAAAAAUUUUUUUCUCAGGGAACUUUUCCUGUGGAAUGUUGUGAGUUUCAGAAACAAAACUUGGUGGCUUAAUUUCUACAUAGGGAGUAAAAAGUGUCAGAGUGGUUCUGUAGGCCUGAGCCCAACAAGUCUCAUGUUAGUCCCUUAAGAACAUGGCUUUGAAGUAUAUUGCUUGUAGAGGAAGCUUAGUGUGAUGUAUGACAAGUAUAUAAAAAUUUUUUGUCUUGCUGGUAGCAAUUGUCUUACCAGGACAGUGAAUAAAAUUUGAUCUUCAUGAAGAAAAGCAUCAUUACAAGAUGCCAUGGAUUUCCAGUUCCCAAAGCACUUUAUUCCUGGGUUUUCAAAGGGCAUAAUGGUUUCCCUGUCCUGCUGGACUUCAUUGUAACUUGGAAACUUAAUAUUUUUAGGCUUGCAAAUGCCAGCUAUCUCACUAUUUCCCCAAAACAGGUAAGUAGAUGUCCAAAAAAUUUAUUAUGCAUCUGUGAACUUUCCAGUUCUGAUGUGUGCUUAUUUGGGGUACAAAAUCAGAAAACCUUAAGCAUUUUGCUCUGUAUCAAGGGCUGCAGUAAAUAUCAUUUUCCAAAGUGGUGCACACAACCCUGAAAAAGUGAACUCGUCCUUUGCUUAAGGAGCUACCAGUUCUGAGCAUCUACUUGGAGAGAUACAGUACCUGAUCCACCUUAAUGCCGAGUGCCAGCACAGUGCAGCCAGGAGGAGUGGGGCUGAAGAGGACCUGACAUCUACAUGGUGUAUGUUUUGGGAGCCUUUAUUUUGGACUGCCUUGUGGAGUUUUCCUGAUAGCACCUGGAACAAGUCUUCUGAUCCAGUUUCUUCUGGAAGCAAUGUAGUUUACAUGCUCUGAGGCCUCUUGGUGAUGCAAAGCAGUAUAUAUGGGGACUAUCAAGAAGAGCGCUUGAAAGAACACCCCUCAUCCACUGGGAACAUUGGUGCAGAUGGAUGUGAUAGGUCUGAAUCCCUUGUGGCAAAACUACACUGAUGUCAGCAUUGUCUGGCUUUUCCUGAGGGAAAUUAUGGAAACCUGAAGCAAGGCAGCCAAAAUGUUUUAUUUGGUUUAGGUGGCAUCGCAGAUUUGUAUUUUUUUUUAAGCUGCAGACUCACCUAUUUAUGAAGCCACAAGCUUAAUCUUCUUAGUCAUGUUUUCAUAGGAAUUAACAUCUUCACUCAAGGCAGAAUGGGACGUAUGUAACUAUACAAUCAUGGAUGACACACAGGAAUAUAAUUUCUACGUAAAUUUAAUAAAACCUGUUAAAAAUUU